CCAGCCAGGCGGGUCGCCACUCGCCCUGCCCCGCGGAGAGCGGGCGGAUGAGCCAGCAUCCGACAGCGAAGAUGUCCGCUCCCCCCGCGUCUGCGCCCCUGGAGCUCGGGGAGGGAGCGAGCCGCCAGAGGAAGCUGGAGUCCAUGAUCCGAGACCCUCGGUCCCCAGUCAAUGUGGAAAGUUUGCUGGAUGGCCUGAAUUCUUUGGUCCUUGAUCUGGAUUUUCCAGCGCUGAGGAAAAACAAAAACAUAGAUAAUUUCUUAAAUAGAUAUGAGAAAAUUGUGGAAAAAAUUCGAGCUUUACAAAUGAAAGCUGAAGACUAUGAUGUUGUUAAGGUGAUUGGAAGAGGUGCUUUUGGAGAAGUACAGUUGGUUCGCCACAAAAUAUCACAGAAGGUUUAUGCAAUGAAGCUUCUUAGUAAAUUUGAAAUGAUAAAAAGAUCGGAUUCAGCCUUUUUCUGGGAAGAAAGAGAUAUCAUGGCCUUUGCCAACAGUCCCUGGGUGGUUCAACUUUUUUGUGCCUUUCAAGAUGACCGAUACUUGUACAUGGUAAUGGAAUACAUGCCGGGUGGAGAUCUUGUAAACCUUAUGAGCAACUAUGAUGUGCCUGAAAAAUGGGCCAAAUUUUACACAGCUGAAGUUGUCCUCGCUCUGGAUGCAAUUCACUCCAUGGGCUUGAUACACAGAGAUGUGAAGCCUGACAAUAUGCUUUUGGAUAAAUAUGGGCAUGUAAAGCUGGCCGAUUUUGGCACUUGUAUGAAAAUGGAUGAAACUGGUAUGGUGCGCUGUGAUACAGCUGUUGGAACACCUGACUACAUAUCGCCUGAAGUCUUGAAGUCACAGGGAGGUGAUGGCUGUUAUGGACGGGAGUGUGAUUGGUGGUCGGUGGGAGUUUUUCUCUUUGAGAUGCUUGUUGGGGACACUCCAUUUUAUGCAGACUCCUUAGUAGGAACAUAUAGUAAAAUCAUGGAUCACAAGAAUUCAUUAAAUUUCCCAGAUGAUGUGGAAAUAUCUAAGCAUGCAAAGAAUCUCAUCUGUGACUUCUUAACUGAUAGGGAGGUGCGACUUGGGAGAAAUGGGGUAGAAGAAAUUAAACAGCACCCUUUCUUUAAGAGCGAUCAGUGGAACUGGGAUAACAUUCGAGAGACUGCUGCUCCUGUUGUACCUGAGCUUAGCAGUGACAUAGACAGCAGUAAUUUUGAUGACAUUGAGGAUGACAAAGGAGACGUGGAAACCUUUCCAAUCCCCAAAGCCUUUGUGGGAAACCAGCUGCCUUUUAUAGGAUUUACCUAUUAUCGAGAGAAUCUGUUGCUAAGUGACUCUCCUCAGUCUUGUAGAGAAAAUGAAUCCAUGCAAUCCAGGAAAAAUGAGGACAGCAAAGAGUUUGCACAGUUUCAGAAAAAACUGAGCAAGUUAGAAGAACAACUCAGUAAUGAAAUUCAAGCCAAAGAUGAACUAGAACAGAAAUGCAGGUCUGUCAAUGCUCGUUUAGAGAAGAUAGUGAAAGAACUAGAUGAAGAGGUAACAUCAAGGAAGAAUGUAGAAUCUGCAUUAAGGCAAUUAGAAAGAGAGAAAGCUCUUCUUCAGCACAAGAAUGCAGAAUACCAGCGCAAAGCAGAACACGAAGCAGAUAAAAAACGCAAUUUGGAAAAUGAUGUUAACAGUUUGAAAGACCAACUUGAAGAUUUGAAAAGGAGAAAUCAGAACUCUCAAAUAUCAAAUGAGAAAAUCAAUCAGCUACAAAGACAGCUGGAUGAAGCCAAUGCUUUGCUACGCACAGAGUCUGAUACUGCUGCCAGGUUAAGGAAGAACCAGACUGAAAGUACAAAGCAAAUUCAGCAGUUGGAAGCUAAUAAUCGAGAAUUGCAAGAUAAAAACUGCAUGCUGGAGAAUGCUAAACUCAAACUUGAGAAGGACUACAUCAAUCUUCAGUCAGCCCUAGAAUCUGAAAGAAGAGAUCGAAGUCACGGGUCAGAGAUUAUCAGCGAUCUACAAGGUCGAAUAUCUAGCCUAGAAGAAGAAGUAAAAAAUGGAAAGUGUGCAUUAGCGAAAGCAGAAGUGGAGAAGAGACAAUUACAAGAGAGAUUCACAGAUUUGGAAAAGGAGAAGAGCAACAUGGAAAUAGACAUGACAUAUAAACUCAAGGUUAUGCAGCAGAACCUGGAACAAGAGGAAGCUGAACAUAAAGCCACAAAAGCACGAUUAGCAGACAAGAAUAAAAUCUAUGAAUCUAUAGAGGAAGCCAAGUCUGAAGCCAUGAAAGAAAUGGAAAAGAAGCUGUUGGAGGAGAGAACUUCAAAGCAAAAAGUCGAAAACUGCUUGUUAGAAGUUGAAAAGAGGUGUUCUAUGUUGGACUGUGAUAUCAAACAGUCUCAACAGAAAAUAAAUGAACUGCUUAAGCAAAAGGAUAAACUAAAUGAAGAUGUUAAAAACUUGACACUAAAAAUAGAACAGGAAACACAAAAGCGCUGCCUCACGCAGAAUGACUUGAAGAUGCAAACGCAACAAGUCAACACAUUGAAAAUGUCAGAGAAACAGCUAAAACAAGAGAAUAACCAUCUUCUGGAAAUCAAACUGAGCUUGGAAAAGCAAAAUAAUGAACUCCGCAAAGAACGUCAGGAUGCAGAUGGACAAAUGAAAGAGCUUCAAGACCAGCUUGAAGCUGAACAGUAUUUCUCAACUUUGUACAAGACCCAAGUUCGUGAGCUUAAAGAGGAGUGUGAAGAAAAGACUAAACUUUGUAAAGAAAUUCAGCAAAAGAUACAGGAGUUACAAGAUGAGAGAGACUCUUUGGCUGCACAACUUGAGAUCACUUUGACAAAAGCUGAUUCAGAGCAACUUGCUCGCUCCAUUGCAGAAGAACAGUACUCUGAUUUGGAAAAAGAGAAGAUCAUGAAAGAAUUGGAGAUCAAAGAGAUGAUGGCAAGGCAUAAGCAAGAACUUACUGAGAAAGAUGCUACCAUAGGAUCUCUAGAGGAAGCCAAUAGGACACUAACGAGUGAUGUGGCUAAUCUUGCUAAUGAGAAAGAAGAACUGAAUAAUAAGCUGAAAGAAGUUCAAGAACAAAUUGCAAGACUAAAAGAGGAAGAAACAAAUAUAAUUGUUGUUAAAACUCAGUUUGAGAAGCAAUUGUUGAAUGAGAGAACACUGAAAACUCAGGCUGUCAACAAGUUGGCUGAGAUCAUGAAUCGGAAGAAUCCAGUCAAACGUGGAGCUGACACUGAUGUGCGGAGGAAAGAAAAGGAAAAUAGGAAACUGCACAUGGAACUGAAAUCUGAGCGUGAAAAGUUAACCCAGAUGAUGAUUAAAUAUCAGAAGGAGAUCAAUGAAAUGCAGGCACAAAUAGCAGAGGAGAGCCAGAUACGAAUCGAACUGCAGAUGACACUUGAUAGCAAAGAUAGCGACAUUGAACAACUUCGCUCACAGCUCCAGUCAAUACAUAUUGGGCUAGAUACCACCAGCAUUGGCAGUGGACCUGGAGAUGCUGAAGCAGAUGAUGGAUUCCCUGAAUCAAGAUUAGAGGGUUGGUUAUCACUACCUGUCCGAAACAACACUAAGAAAUUUGGAUGGGUGAAAAAGUAUGUUAUUGUAAGCAGUAAGAAGAUUCUGUUCUAUGAUAGUGAACAAGAUAAAGAACAUUCUAACCCCUACAUGGUUUUAGAUAUUGAUAAAUUGUUCCAUGUCCGGCCAGUCACACAGACUGAUGUUUACAGAGCAGAUUCCAAAGAGAUUCCUAGGAUAUUUCAGAUUCUGUAUGCUAAUGAAGGAGAAAGCAAGAAGGAACCAGAAUUUCCUGUUGAGCCUCUGGGGGAGAAAUCAAAUUACAUUUGCCACAAGGGACAUGAGUUUAUACCCACUCUGUAUCAUUUUCCAACCAACUGUGAGGCAUGCAUGAAGCCGCUGUGGCACAUGUUUAAACCUCCUCCUGCUCUAGAGUGUCGCCGUUGCCAUAUCAAAUGUCACAAAGAUCACAUGGAUAAAAAGGAAGAGAUUAUAGCACCUUGCAAAGUAUAUUAUGAUAUUUCAACUGCAAAGAAUCUACUACUCUUAGCUAAUUCUAUGGAGGAACAACAGAAAUGGGUGAGCCGAUUGGUGAAAAAAAUUCCCAAAAAGCCUCCAGCACCUGAUCCCUUUGCUCGAUCUUCUCCUAGAACUUCCAUGAAGGUACAGCCAAAUCAGUCUAUAAGACGGCCAAGCCGACAGCUUCCUCCAAACAAACCAAGCUAACUGCCUUCUGUGAAUGCAGUCACUAUUCAAGGUGAUACUUUUCUUCCCAUUAAAACAAGACUGAAACAUGAUGCCCAAAAUUUAUUAAAAAAAAUAUAUUUUCCUGAGAGACUGUGCUAUAUAUAUCAGAGGUUUACAAUAUUUUGCUGCAAUAUAAAUUCCUGAUCUCUGAGGGCUACUUUAAAUUUCCUUGGGGGUAACUGAUCUCAUAAGGACUGUUGGUAAUCGUAAAAGGAUACUUUAGGUAACCUUUUAUAGUCUUGUCCCCAAAAAAGUUCACUUGGAAAGACAUACACACUACAUUUCACAAAAGAAAAAAGAAGAAUGAAAAUUGAAACUGAAGAAAUCCAUCUUUCAACUUUCAUAGAGAGAUGCCACCAGCAUAUUUGCCAGAAAAGUAGGCGGGAAAGAUCCUCCACAGUGGUAGAGACUGCAUCUUUAAGAAGUGACCAUUAUACUGUGUAUAUAUAUUGUACUGUAAUACUGCAAGAGGGUUUUAAAAAACUUUCCACUUUAUUUUUUUAUGCAUAUUAAUCAGAUACCAUUACUUACUGCAGUUGCAACUAUGCACUUGUGUAAAGCCAUAAUGUUGAAUUUAAUAUCAUUCAUACAUGUUUAUCAAAAGUUGCAUGUUGUAUGAGACGUUUGAAGUACAUACUAGUUUCAAUUAUUUCAUAAUGGGCGGACCUAUUUUACCUAUCUGAAUGCCUUAAUUUAAUUUUUCAAGGUCUAUGCCUAUUUUAUGUAUUUAAGGAAAAAAGAAUGUUUACCAGCUCUUAGGAUACAAAUUUGCUUUGUGGCAGAAAAAAUAGUGCACUAUUUUUACACACAAUUAUAUCAAUGUCAGCCUAUUUUGAAUGUAUAUUGAUUGGUUUUGGGGGGGGGAAUAUUCGUUACAGAAACAGCAAUUGAUAGUAUUGAAACUAAUAUAACUUUCACGUGUUACAUGUAACUUUCCAUCCAGUCCUUUAUACAAACCUCAAUAUUAGUCAUUGACUUUAUAUUACCCUUAUUAAGUGCUAUGAAACUUCAUUUUGCCUUGUUUUGAGUACUCUCCUAGAUGUGUUUUUUAUUUCUGGAAAAAAAUCUGACUAUUUUUACAUUUUCACAGUACAAUAUCCAAGGACUGUCCCAAACUCUAAAGAAAACUAAAAGAUUAUAGAUGUAUUUUAAAUGUUUGAAUCCAGUUCUCUAGCACAUAGGCAUAGAAAAAUAUUUCAGUAGUGUGUUUUGAGAACUUAUAGCUGGGAAUAAAGGGCCUCAGUGGCACUUAAUCUGACUUUUUUUUUUUACUUGGAUUUGUACAAAAAUAUAAUUUAUGUGGGCUCAUUCAUGCUGUGUUCAUAAUUAUCCCAGAAAAUGCAUGUUUUAUACAAUUACAGGAAGCUGUUAAACAUGGACAGUAAAAAAAAAAAAAAAAA